CCUGAAAGUAGCCAUAAAGGAACUAAGUAAAUCAAUCAACUCCAUGGUUUUCACGGAGAUCUCUUACUGUCAGAACUUCUUUACACACUUCUCCUCUGAUCCUGUGGUGAUGAAAAUUGACAUCCAUAGUCAUAUUCUACCAAAAGAAUGGCCAGAUCUAGAAAAGAGAUUUGGCUAUGGAGGCUGGGUGCAGCUCCAACAUCACAGCAAGGGAGAAGCAAAGAUGCUGAAAGACGGGAAGGUCUUCAGAGUGGUCCAGGAGAACUGCUGGGAUCCAGAAGUCCGGAUUAGAGAAAUGGACCAGACAGGAGUGACUGUGCAAGCCCUUUCCACGGUUCCCGUCAUGUUUAGCUACUGGGCCAAACCUCAGGACACUUUAGACCUGUGCCAACUUUUAAACAAUGACCUAGCUGCCACCAUUGCAAGACACCCAAGGAGGUUUGUGGGUCUGGGUUCAUUGCCCAUGCAGGCCCCCAAACUGGCCAUCAAGGAGAUGGAGCGCUGUGUGAAGGAGCUGGGCUUCCCGGGCGUACAGAUCGGCUCCCACAUCAACGAGUGGGACCUGAAUGCACAGGAACUCUUCCCCGUCUAUGCGAUGGCUGAAAAGCUGAACUGUUCCCUAUUCAUACACCCCUGGGACAUGCAGAUGGAUGGACGGAUGGCCAAAUACUGGCUCCCUUGGCUUGUAGGAAUGCCAGCAGAGACCACAAUAGCCAUUUGCUCCAUGAUCAUGGGUGGAGUAUUUGAGAAGUUUCCUAAACUGAAAGUAUGUUUUGCACAUGGAGGUGGUGCCUUCCCCUUCACAGUGGGAAGAAUCUCUCAUGGAUUCAACAUGCGCCCAGAUCUGUGUGCCCAGGACAAUCUAAACAACCCAAAGAAAUACCUUGGUUCCUUUUACACAGACUCAUUGGUUCAUGAUCCUCUGGCCCUCAAGCUGUUAACAGAUGUCAUAGGAAAGGAUAAAGUACUUUUGGGAACCGAUUACCCAUUUCCAUUAGGUGAGCUGGAACCUGGCAAGUUGAUAGAGUCUAUAGAAGAAUUUGAUGCAGAAACAAAGGACAAACUAAAAGCUGGCAAUGCCCUAGCAUUUUUGGGUCUUGAAAGAAAACAAUUUGAAUGACUGAAUUUACUAAAAGAAGCAAACUUUCAAGAAGAUACAUCACUUUUGUUUUUAAAUAUGUAUCACACAUGCAUUACUAAAAUCCUAUUUUGAACUAUUUUAUCCAGAAAGAGUAUCUCCAAAUAUCCUGUUAUCCAUAACAAAGUGACUCACAUGUGUUUUCAUUCUGAAAAGCAGUACAUUAUUUCAUGUGCAAAUCAAAAAUGAUUUUCCCAGUGCUUUUUAAAUUAAUGACAGAAAUAAAAAGCAAAAUGUCACUAAAGAUUUAUGUGGAGAAAGACCAAAGCCAAAUUCAUCCUAGAGGGAUCUGGUAUUCUCUAGGUAGGUUCUCUACUUUGAACAAGUAUGUGUAAAUUGGGCCCAAAUAAUAUGUCUUAAUGCACUUUUAACACCUUACAUUAGUCCAGAAUUGGACUGGGAAUGCUUUAGACUCCAAAAAUAAAUGAUAUCCUUAAUCCAUAACCUCUAGGAACCUAUAAUCCAAUUAAGGAAGCAAUAUAAAUGGUUAUGAAAUAGUUACUAAGCAAUACAAUAGGAGUGUCACAGAAGUUUCUGUAAAAACAAAUUCAUUUAAGUUCAAACUGUUGCACAGAUCUUCAUAGAUGAUCUUGGAACUUGAGCUGAGUCUGUGAGGAUGGAUAAGGCUUGGUAGAAUUGGAACACUGAACAUAGGAAACCUAUGAGAAUAGGUUUCAGACUGAAUGAGAACUUACCCAUUCUGGAGAAAAGUUCCAGUUUAUAAUUCUUUUACCAGAAGUUCAUUUACUUGAAGAUAUGUAGCAGAAUGUGUAAAGCUAGCUGUGGCGAUUAAGCAGGGCAAUACCAGGGUAACCUUAUUUUAUUGACUUCAUUUAUUGUCAUCCCACCUGAACUGCUGAAAAUGAACCUGGUCCUAGGAGGAUGAUGAACAUCUGCAGCUCAUGUACCUCUGGCUGAACUCUAAAAUCAAACAUAGUUUUUCAAA